AUGCAUAAUUUCACAAUUAAAAGUACUCAUAUGCAAGGAAUCAUGGAUGAGAGCCAAUAUAACACUGUGUUAUUAUUUUUCUGCGUUACGUGGAUAAUUUUUUCACUGUUAGGAAUAGUAUCAAAUGUAAUCAAUAUAAAAACGUUUAUCGCUAUGGGACUUAAAGACAGUGUCACCGUGUCAUUCCUGGCUUUGUCUGUAUUCGACAUGACCUAUGUGGUUACCGUAUUUUGUUUCUCCAUCUCAUCAGCCUUCAGUUUAGUUGAAACUGCUUACUACAAACAUUUUCCAAUUCAACCUUAUGGUAUAUACAUAUUUCUUGCUAGCAUAGCUAUACUUGUUAAUGUACCUAACACCUUAACAACAACAUUUUUAGCAGUUGCCCGUUGCAUGUGUGUGGCCAAGCCGCUACACUUUAAACAUUUAUUUACUGUCAAAAGAACGGUAGUUAUCAUGACAGGUUUUGCUAUUUUAGCAAUAGCCAUCUAUACCCCGGUUCUCGCCAAUAUGGGAAUGGUUGAAAGACUAGACACAAAGUUCAAUAUAUCCAGGCCAAUGCUUUGGCUAUCACCGUACAGAGAUUCUGUCAAAAAUAUUGUAUUUACCUUAUUACAAAUGGUUUUACCCGUUGUUACUGAAGUCAUCGUUCUUGCAUGUCUAGCAAUAAUGGCCAACAGACUCCGGGCGGCUUCGAAGUUCAGGCAAGCUUCACAUAUACCUUUGUAUGUCACAAAUGUUGUAAAUGCGAAGGCAAAAAUUGAGUCAAAUCAGGAUACUUCCGGCAAAUUUUCUGGCAAAGAUAUCCGUGUAGUUAAACAGGUGGCUCUGAUUUCGUUAGUUUACAUUAUCUGUAAUACACCAAAGAUCCUAACUGGCGCCGGUGACCUCAUUGAACCAGAAUUCCGGCUUGGGAAACGAUACAGUUAUUUAGUUCUUUGUCUUAACUAUGUUCGUAUGCAUUUUGAAAUAUUUAACGCUUCAAUUAAUACAUUUGUUUACUUUGCCUAUAAUACAAAGUUUAGAGCUACACUUAACUUGAAAUAA